AGCAGUGAUUUAAAACUCAACACCGGAAUAAGAUGGCUGAGAGAACGUUCCUCGCAUUGCUCUUCAUUCUAGUGUCCCUUAUCACACUUGCAUAUUCACACGACCCAUGUGAUUGCAUAGACGAUUUGAAGGGAACUGAAGUCACGGACGAAUUACCAGCGCAUAUAACUGAAAGCUUAGUAUUCUUAGAGGAACUUUACGAUAUGCAGCGUCGGAUCGGCAGAACGGCUGUAUUGUCAUGUAAGGUGAGGGGGGAACCACCCUUGAACUUGUACAUUUAUCAUGACAUAAUAGCUACCUACAAACAAAAGCUGAAACAGAAGAAGAGGAAUUUACCUUGUGACACGAUCUACGACCCUUUAAUACCAGACGAGGUAGCAAUCCGCUAUGAAGUGGACAUAUUGGAGGCAAAGCAUGAAGGUGUUUACAAAUGCCAAGCUGAGUCGAUAAAUGGUGACAUAGCAGUAUCAGUGAUGACUCUAACCCUUACAGAUCCGUGCGAGGGUAAAGUAUGUGGGUUUAGAGAGAAAUGUGUUAACAUUAAAGGGGCUGGUAAAUGUACAUGUGACUUUCCAUGUGAGAUAUCAUACGAGCCUAUCUGCGCUGAAGAGCGAACUUUCUGCAGUAUGUGUCACGCGGAAAAGCUUGAGUGUCGGGUGGGACAACAUUUGACCAACAUUGUGAACGGAACAUGUGAUGGAGUGCAAGAGGUACCAUUGAAGGCAUUCUGUGGUUUAUCAGUUGGGGAUGGAUAUAUUUCUAGAUCCGAUAACGAUUACUACAGUACUAAAGCAUUACCAACGGAAGCAACCUGUACGUUUAGUGGGGAAGGACAUGUUACUAAAUUCAACGGAGAUUACUUUACUUUCAAAGGAGCUUGUCCGUACAAGAUGGCGGAAGACUCAAGAGGAAGAACGUUCAUUGUGUACGCGAAGACUGAGACGUGUGGAGUGAACGAGGAAUCCACCUGUCUUAAAUCAAUAACGAUGUAUGUGGAUCGUAUCUACGGGUUCUCUAUUGAAAGAGGGUGGUUAAUAAACGAUAACGGGCGAAGAAAGAACGUACUGAAAGGAGAACGGAUCAUACUCGGCAACGGUGCUGUCUCCAUUACAAGAGUAGGUAAGACGCUGGUAGGACGCAUUGAAAACAAGAAAAUAGAGUUCGUUUACGAUGGUCUGAACUACUUCAAACUUUCAGUACCCCUCGACUUUGUAUCGAGACCUGACAAUUUUGAUGGAUUCUGUGGAACAAUUCCACUUACCUUCGUUCCGGGGGUGAAAGGAAGAGAUAUUAGUAACGAUCCUGGUCUCACCAUUCCUGCUCUGAGUGAUAAAUGUGCAGCACCACAGUUUGGAGCACCUACAUGUGACAAUCCAGAAAUACCCAGUCAAGUCAGGGAAGCUUUCACUAACAAUAUGGCAGUAGCAUCCUGUGUUGAAAAGAUCCCAAUAACUACCUACCUGGAACGAGCGAUACAAGACACGUGUAGCUGCGAUCACAGGAGUGAUCACAAUUACUGCUUCUGUAAUGUCCUCUUCUCGUAUCUGGAAGAUUGCAGACAGGAUGAUGUUGAUGUUGAUGUUAGCUUCGCUGAUGUUGAGGAUCUAUGCAGAAAAUCGUUCCACAAAGACGUUUUCAAAUCAGAGGGAAUCAGCUUUUAUAACCGAGGAAGAUUGUAUAAAAGCAAGAAAUAGGCACGAGACAUUGAAGAUGUAAAUGUACUGGAGCUUCUAAACAGGAGCUAUCGGUUACGUGCACUAUAGAUUAAACCACGUGACCAACCAAACAGAUCGGUGAUAACAAGCUAUUGACAGUUUUAAAUAAACAUGGAAGAGGACGAAUUUCCGGAACAGUUUGCAAGUUAACACUUAACAUGGCAAAUUGGCACGAUGCUAACCGGCUAUUAACCGUUUUAUAAAUGUUGAUGAAUUCGUGGUUUACAAUAUAUACAUGAUACAGCCAAAUGUCUCUAUACCAGGUUACUGUCUAUACCGUGUACCUCGAUAUACCGAGCCUCUUCUUUGCCAAAACUUUGAUAAAUUAGCUCGUUUAGUGAAAGAAUUUUGACUUACCAUAGCUCACUUAUAUCGCACUUGAUGAGUGAUUUCAGAACAAAUCAAGUUGUAUUGCAUCACAAUACGACAGAAGGUUACAGAUACUGGGCCGGGGUUUACCUCUAUACACCUGAUUUUUCUAUACCGGACACUUUUCGAUUCCCCACAACAGACCUGGAAUAUAGACUGUAGAGUAAUAUUUGCAUUAUUUUGCAAAUAUAUAUUGUUUUCACUAAAUUAGGUUUAAUUGAAUAGCCUAGGAUGACAUCUUGUAUCAUUUGAUAAAGUUUUUGUUUUCCUUUGCGGUGUUUGGAGUCCGAGUACAUUACUUGAUUGGAAUGUUAAAACGAUAUUAUUCAUUAAUUUUAAUACCGUUCAGUGUUUGAUAAUUUUCUAUAUCUGUAUUCUGUUUGACUAAGUACCAAAUCUUUGUUAGGUGAAAUUAAAACAACAUUACUUCACAUUUAUUUUGGUUUGGAUUGACGUGUCCGUUGGACAAUUUAUGACAAUAAUCGAUUCAUAUAAAUUUGAAUCUAUCUGCUUGCAGCCUAGUAGAGCUUAUAUUUUAUCGACCAAUCGUUUGAUCAGGGAAUUAUGCCGGAUAUAAUAUUGAAACUUGAUUCAGAGAGUAGUAGUUUGGAUAGUAUUUUAACAACCAACUAGGGUCUGUGACAAAACUUGUGAGGGGUCGCAAAAUCCAAGCGACCACCGGUACUCGCAGGAUAGAUAUUUGAUUGAAAUAAAUUUUCAUUAUGCCCAUAUCUUGCUCGUUUGUGGCUAUUAAAGCAAAAAAACCAAACAUGCCCGAUCAAGUUUCACAAAUAUAUCAGGCAGAACCCCUGCUCAGAUGUGCCACGAAUGAAAUUAUAGGUUUUUAAAGUGCAAAUGGAAAGGGAUUGUAUGCUUUUAUUGUAUUUAUAU